AUGUUUUGCUCUUAUAAGUAUUGUGGAUUUUCAAAUAAAGCCUAAUCCGAUGGUGUUAUUUCGUGUCCAUUUUGCUAUUAGAUUAGGUAUUGCUCAUAAAGAUGUAAGGAUCUUGAUUGGACAAUUUCUCAUAAAUAAAAUUGCAAAGGAAAAUAAUAGAGGUAAUCAGAUAUCAAUGAUACUCAAUCUACUCUCAAAUCUAUUGGCAAGAACAUUGACGAUUUCGAAAUUAUAGUUAAAGAUGGGAAGUCUGAAUUAGGAAAAGGCAGUUAUGGUUAAGUCAAGUUAGUAAAGGAUCGUUAAAAUGGAUAGUUUUAUGCCAUGAAAAUAUUAAACAAAAAGAGAAUAUUUGAGUUUUGGUCAAUAGAUAACCUAAAAAGAGAAAUUAAAAUUCAAAGAAGAUUAGCUCAUCCACACAUUGUUAGAUUACAUCAUUAUUUUGAAGAUAAAGAAAAUGUCUAUUUGAUUUUGGAAUUAGCAGAUAAUGGGAGUUUAUUUUAAUAUAUAAGAAAAAGAAAAAGAUUACCAGAAAAAGAAGCCUUUGUCUAUUUUUUUUAAACUUGUUUAGGAAUUGAAUAUCUACAUAAGAAGAAUAUUCUCCAUAGAGACUUAAAGCCUGAAAAUCUACUCAUAGAUAAACAAGGAAACAUAAAAGUAUGUGAUUUUGGUUGGUCAGCUGAAGCCAAUUAAUCCACCAAAAGAACAACUUUCUGUGGUACUGUAGAUUACAUGGCUCCAGAAAUGAUACUUAAUAAACCUUAUGAUUUUAAAUUAGAUAUUUGGUGUUUAGGAAUUUUAUUGUAUGAAUUAGUUCAUGGAUAUGCUCCUUUUAAAGGAAAAUCCAAUCAAGAAAUUACCUAAAACAUAGUAAAUCUAUCAAUUAUAGAAUUUAAUCAAAUCUGUUCUUUCGAACUUAAAGAUCUCAUUUGCAAUAUCCUUAAAUUUAAUCCAGAAAACAGACUUUCUUUAUUGCAGAUAUUCGAACAUCCCUUUAUGAAGAGAAACUAUGAAAUUUAUAAAAUUGAUUUAAAUCAGUAUCUUAAUAAGGAGGAAAAAAUCGAUAAUAGAUCUCUAUCUCCAGUUUAGGAAUAAAUAAAAACAAGAAAUAGAAAUUUUGUACUGCCUUAACACAAUUCAUCUCAUGAAUUGAAUCACCCUCCAAUAUCGUAAACAUUUUCGAUUACAUAAAAAAAUUCUUUAGUUCUGAAUUAUAAAGUUACUAAUUAACCAACUACUGGAACAUCUACAUCGAUAUCAACUUAUUCUCAAGAAGAUGAAAUAAAGGCCAGAGUCAGUAGGGUUUCUUAAAGACAAUAACAAGCAUAUUAAUAAAGGGAAAUUGGUUCGCUGAGACAAUCCAAUAGUGAAAUUGGGUUCAUGGAUAGAGUAUUCUAAGCUUUAGGAUGUUUAAAUAGAGACAAGUAGCAAUAAAAUUAAUAAUUUUGA